CUUUUAGACAAUACAAAUUGUACUGAGGAGACUUCUUGAAGAAUUUCUUCUAUUUCUUCAGUCUCUCAAAAUGUCUAAUCCGUUAGAACAACGCAUCAAUGUUCCUAUUGACGAUCCAAAUGCAGACACAGAAUGGAAUGAUAUUCUUCGAAAACAUGGCGUUAUUCCUGAGAAGCCACCCAGCCCGACUCCUAUGAUUGAGGAGGCUAUUCUUGAAGGACGAAGAUUGGCACAUGAGAAUCGCUUGGAAGGCAAGGACCUCGACGAGCUGGACGAACUUGAAGACGACGAAGAUGAAGCUUUCUUGGAGCAAUAUCGCCAAAAGCGCAUGGCCGAGUUGAACAGCCUACAAAAGAAGGCUUUGCAUGGAAGCGUAUAUCCUCUAUCGAAACCCGAGUAUCAGCGCGAAGUCACAGACGCAUCACAAAAUGGACCGGUUUUUGUCAACUUGACAUCUUCAAUGGGCAACAAUGUUGAGUCGCGAGUCUUGACUGAGCUAUGGAGACAGGCUGCGAGGGAGUACGGCGAGAUCAAGUUCUGUGAGAUCCGAGCGAGCCAAGCCAUUGAGAACUAUCCCGAUCGAAACUGCCCAACAAUUCUAGUAUAUAACAGGGGGGAUAUUGUUAAGCAGAUUGUAACAUUGGCGACUAUUGGAGGCGUCCGAACAACCAUGCAACAAAUUGACAACCUCUUGGUCGAAGUCGGUGCUGUACCUGAUUCUGACAUGCGUAUUGUCAAGAGGAGGCAAGCUGCCGAGGAUGCUGAGGAGGAGAGAUUGGCUGGCAAAUCUAUCAAGACGGGAACGGCUGGAAGGUCACGGAACGUUGACAGUGAGGAUGAUGACUGGGAUUAAAUGUGCUUUGGAGAGGAUUCGUGGCUUCGGCUGAACUGACCAUUGAAUUAGCCAGCGUCAGACAUGGUAAAAGUAUCAAUGCCCCAACGCAAAGCCGCGACGGAUGUUGUCCUAGUUCUUGUCAGAUGUGACAGUAGGCCUAUGCGGUCCUGACUCAUGACAGCUCUCCGAGGAAGAUCAGGCUUUUACUCUCCAGUAUUUCCAGAGCCUCAAAAACCA